AUGAGUCGUUUUGCUCAAAACUGUCUAUUUUUCACUUGCUUUGCUAUUGUCACUUCAUUAUUCGGAAAGAUUCUGUAAGUGUAAAAGCAGAAGCAGAGCACUAGACAAUCGCAUUGACUUAUUCAUCAAAUGCCGAGUGGUUUUGGAGAGCGGCGGCUGGGACCCUUUUUGGUUGAUUAGUUGACCCCGAAGUGGGGAAAUAGCGGGGAAAAAGGAUGAGUUUUGAGCAGUUGGGAAUAGCCAAAACAUUGAAAAAUUAGGCAAUUUUUGUGCUUUUCGUUUUAACUUUUUUCAAACUCUAGAAGUUUGGUGAGAAAGGAAAAACGUUCUCACACUAAGCUCUCGACGAACUUUUGAAGAAAACACGACUUUCUCUACAUUUUUCACUCUAAUCCGUUCAAAAAAAAAAUGUGAAGUGGGUUACCUUGCCGAAGUAUCACGUGCAGGAACAAAAUAUUUGCGACGUUAGUAUCAUAAAGAUUAACUAGAAUAACGCAAUUCAGAAAACCCAAAUAAGCAUUAUUGUAUCAUAUUUUUGGAAAAACAAGAUAUGAACAAGUUGUUUGAUGACAAAAUAUGAAAAAAAGGGUUCUUAAAGUGAUGUUGAUUGGAUUAUGAUGUUUUUCUGUUUGCAGACUACACCUAGACAUCAACAAACGGACCUACAACCAUGUACCGGGAGAGUGUGGAGUCAUACCCAAUUUGCCGGGAAUCUUGAGCGUUGCAACAACAACUGGUGGCAGGCUGUACAUGACAGUGGUAAGAAAUGGAAGGAUUGGGGCAAUAAAGUUGCAGCGCUUCCUGAAUCGUGCUAUCCGCUAAGGAUUAUGCAAAUUUGACCGGAUUGAUUCUAGGAAGCAACUCUCGUAAAGUAAUGACUUCAUUUUCCCAGCAUGCUAAACGCAAAGUUCACGACUUAACCCAAAGACCAAACUAAACUAGCAUAAAAUACUUUUCUUUUUCUCAGAGUCCCAAAGAGAAUACAAAUGGAGACACGCAUCUCUUCACAUUCUACUCGGACAAUCGCACCGCCAGAGAAAUUGUGCUGCGCGGAACGCCCAAGAAGUUCCGGCUCAAAGCGAGUGCACUAAGUGUCACGGACUCGCUGAAUGUGAGUGUUCUUUGUGUGAUGAGGGCGGCCAAUUGCUUGAAAGUCCAGCAAUUAUUGCCGGAAAUAAAAAAGGGUGUGGGUAAUUGUGUGAAAUACGAUAACUUUUCCUUGUUUUUAAGCCGGAUGUAUUUGUUUUCAACGAGAAGACUUUGGAAGUGGAAGUAUUCGAGACGAACGAACAUGGAGAUGUAUGGAAGUAUCUGAGGACCAUGACAAAUGAACAUUUUGAAGGGUGAGCACAAAAUAUUCUUGAAAAACUCUAUACAGCGCUGGUAAUGGUGUGAAGAAAUUUCGUUUCUCAAUUCGAUUUCCCCCGCUUUUUAGUGUCUCGAAUUCAAAAGAAGCUAGCUGCUCACAAUGAACAUUUUAUGAUUUUGUUUUUCUCAGACUGGAUGAUCUUGCAGCUGCCGGACCACAAUCGUUCUAUUUUGUCAAAAACAGCAUUUUUGGAAGCGCAUUUAAUUUCAUAGAAAGGUAUAUAAAACUAUUAAUCCGAACCAAUCAAAAAUUUGCAUUUGUUUUCUACUCUACAUAUUCUUGUUUUUUGGCCGCCCGACAGCCGUAUUCCCGUUUUUAGACUUGUUCCUCUGCCCACUGGACAGCUGCUUUUUGCGAACAAACAGGGGACACGACAUGUUAUGCACAUUUCCUCGCCGACUGGAGUCGUCUUUGACAGUCUCAAGAAGUGAGUCAUUAAUUGACCCCUCAUUUGAAAAAGGUUUGUGGAAAAAUGCAUUUUUCAGAACAAUUUUCGUCACCUCAUUUACUAGGAAUUCGAUAUACGUUGCUAAAAUGAAGCGAGGAAGUGAAAUUGAUCACAUAAAAGUUGGUGAAAUUUUGCCACUAAAAUUUCAAAUAAUUCUUCCGUCAGGAAUACGACAUAGGAUGUUCGCCGUCUUCCAUUUGGAAAGACUUUGACGGAUCGUUUUUGGUGACGUGCCAUCAAAUCAGAUUCAGGUUAAAAUGAAAAAAAAACGUACAGAGAAUUGAGAUAAUAUUCAGAUAUCUUCUGAAUUAUUCGAAAGUCAUUUUGUCCUCGCCGUCAAUGGUACUUCGCGUUGUGAUUCCGAGGAACGAGGACAAGAAGAUGUGAGUAAAAUCGGAUGGAAUGAAAUAUGAAUGUCUAUUCCGGAGCUUUACGUGCUCUCCCGAAACUAUCGUCUAGUUGAUAGCGUUAGCAAAAAACACGUAGAUAGUCUCCAGAGGUCCUUAAUUAUGUGCAGUUUCCAGAGCGAUCACGCAGUUGUACUCAAAUGACGGAGCAACAAUAUCUCGAGCCAAUAUUGCUGUAAGAGCUGGAAGAAGUUUACUGAUUUCUGAAGGGGACAAGAUUCUUAAUUGCCACGUGUAGCACAAUAAAAUUUUUUUAAGUUAGGCUUUAUGAAGUUUCUCACAUUUUUCAAUUAUCGAUUAGACCAGCUGCCGUGACGUGAUUGAAGUUUACUUCGUUAGAACCUGAUUUUGACAGGCGAUGUUUCGAAAAUCUGGUCUGGUAGUCUGAAAUUCGGAGCUCAAUUUAGUACCACUGCCGCCCACAUCCCUGAGAACCUCUUGGAAAAAGUAAAUGUUGGACCGCUGUGGUAUCUACCAGACUUGCAACGGCCCGGCCCAGCCCGGCCCGGCCCGGUCGGCCCGGGAGGAUGCACCUAAAAAUUCAAAGCGAACUAGAACUUCGAAACGAACAUAAUUUUCUGUUAAAAAAUAGAAAUUGCUGUUUAAAGUCGCAAAAUUUUCACAAAAAUUACGAAAAUUUUCUCAAGAGUGGGCGGAGCGAUUGAUUGCAACUCUGGCACGCCAUUUUAGCAAUUUAGCCGGACGCGUUUUCCUCUUCCUUCAUAUUUUUUUUUGCAUAUUUUUUUUGAGGUCUAACUUCCGGGCCGACCGGGCCGGGCCGGGCCGACGAUUUGCUGGGCCGGGCCGGGCCGGCCCGGGAUUUGGCAAGUCUGGUAUCUACCGGUUAACGUUAUUCUUGCGCUUCACAUCUUCUGCCCGACUGCUCGAACUUAUUGAUCGGACUGAUAUCUCGACUAGCUGUCUCAAGUCUUCGAAUUGACAAUCACCUUAGCGUUCGACUUUUUCAGACCGAAUGCGCCACUAGAACUUGACUUCCUCGACAGUAAAGUGUUCCGGCUGACAAAAACACUGUUUUCACUAAUGUAACAGUCAAUAACUCCUCGUUCAUUUUUUUAUUUCUGCGAUAGACCGAAAAGAUGAAAGUUGUUAAGAAUCUCACGGCAUUACCAACGAUUGUAGAGAAUGUCUGUGAGAAAACUAGCAAAAAACCACUUUCUUUUCGUGAGACCUCGUUCCGUUUCUGCUGGACCUCAUGAACAGACUUGAUCUGCCCUAUUUCUUAUAAGUUUGAGAUUUAAUUGUCAUCAAGGUGCACUUUUCCUUUUACGACUCUGGACGCCGUUUCAACGGGUUCAUUAGCAGUACUGGUGAAUAAUUUGACAUUCGGACUUGAUGAAAAUGACUUAGCGAAACACUAUGAUUCGUGAGCAGUCUGUGCCCGUAUGGUCUCAAGGGUAAGCUAACGAGCACGAAACACGGAUUGACUGCCGUCGGCUACUCAUUUCUUUACUAUUUACGUCAACCUGAGUGGUUCCCUUUUGUUCAAUCUCGAAAUGGCUGGGAAUACAACGUCCGUCGUUCUGCUCGAUGAAAGUGCAGAGCUUGACGUGUUCUCUCUGAUUUGGACAUGGUUCCAAUUCCUCUAUGGAAUCCAAGCUUGUCUCACCAUGCUCAUUUACAUUGCUGUCAUCUGGUUCAACAGAGCGAAUAACUUUAAUUCCAUUUUAUACGCCCUUGUAGUUGCGGACUUGUCUGUGGUAGGUGUAACUUUUAGGCCGUCACUCACCAAAAGUCUCAGAACAUUCUCUGCUGGUGGAACACCUGGUUCUCUACCCGAAUGGAAAUUAUCCCGUUCCUGAUUCCUUGGCUGAAAUUCAUUGAAGCAUUACGUCCGGGUUCGCUGACUUUUUUAAAAGACCUCAACACUUUCUUCUUCCACCUCCAAGUCUGCUCUGCCCUUUCCAUGUUCCUAUACCGCCUUGGACGACUCGAGUGUCCGUUUCACUUCAAGAACUAUCAAAAGCUCUACUUCGCCCUCUACUUUCUUUGCUCUGUCGCCUACAGUGGCCUUCUCUUAUUGCCGUGCUACGGGGAAGCAAUCCAAGUUUCUCUGAACAAUGGAACACUCACAAAAGUGAUCGCCCUGCAAGGAUCAAAGAAAUCAAUGUGGUUCAUUUCAAUAUCUUCCGGAGUUUAUAUGUUCCUGUUCUUCGUUCUCGGGCUGGCUCCACGUUUCAAAUUGCUUGUAUCUACAGGUAUAAUGUUUCAGAAAAACAAGUGUUUAUUUAUUUACUUUUUAGACGUUUCGAGUCCAGCACUUCGGGAAAGGGACAAGGAAUUGCGAUCCAUUCUCGGCUCCCUGACAUACGUCUACUGUUCUGUGUACACCGGCAUCGUUGUAUGGAGCGUUCUGAACCUCAUUCAACUCUACCAUCCGUUCCUACCCGUUUGGAUCCUGCAACACAACAACCUCUUCCUGACCACUGUCUCCGACAUUGUAAACUAUUGA